CAGAGGAAUUUCGCGAUAGGCAGAGCAGGAACGGCUCGGCUCCAUAGUUGUCAAUAAGGCGCGAUUGAAGUCCUGAACGCAUUCAUACGAUCAUAAUAUAACUCUCAUCCUUCAAAUUCAUUCGCCGAUCGAUAUCGAGCAUCCAGAUGGCGGAUGAAAGAUGCCAAAAUCGAGCUCAAAUCCUCAUUUCUUCUUCGUCUUCAGGAUCAGAUGAAUCGGAGACGUCAGGAUCGGAAUACGAAUUCGACGGAGACGCCGUAGAUACCUUGUCCUCCACCUCAAGAGAAAGCGACUCUGAAAACGAAGAAAGUGAAUGGAAUGAGACGGAUGAUGAAAGAGACGAGUCUUCUGAGUCCGAAGAAGUCAAAGAGGAAGACAAUGAUCACCAUUUGUGCAGAGUUAUGCGUCUCCUUCUAGGGAAGGGUGAUUUGCAGGAUUUAAAGUUGGUGGAGUGUAAAGCAUAUUUGAGAAAGAAUGGGUUAAGAUUGUCUGGAACUAAAGAUGAGUGUAUAGAGAGGAUCAUGGAGCACUGGAGGAUUAAAGACGGGAAGGGUGAAACAUUCUAUCCGAGAUCAUCAUUCAAUAUCAACUGUACUGGCGAUGUUUGCAAAGGAGACGUUGUAUUGUUCACACAAAAAGUGUACAAGAAUUUUGACAAGAUGACCAGGAGUGGCAAUGUUUCAGGGAAGAGAACUAUUGCUGGAAGAGUUGUUAAGGAAAGUUAUGGUGCUGCAAAACAACAACAUACUUUUACUGUUGAAGUGUUGUGGAACCGAGGUGUUAAGAAGCUGCCUCCACUUUUCCCUUUGCUUGUUAAGGGUCGGAACCUCUACAAACUGAAAGUCUUCAGACAGCGAUGGAAAAAUGAAAAGGAAAGAUUAAGAGUGCUUGCAGAGAAGCAUCAACGAGGAGCAGCUGCUAGACUUGUCAGAGAAACUAGAAAGAUGAGAUCUAUGAAGAGAAAACAAGCCUUCACAGAUAAAAAAGGCACAAAAAAGCGAAAGCAUGAAGAUCACAACCACAAACAUGGAAGCAACAAAAAACCGAAGAAUCACCAUGGAAGAAGACCCAAAGCCACAACUUCAUCAACUCGUCAAAGACCUCGAAACCGUGCAAAUGCUAGUCAUCUCGCUAAAACUAAAUCCUCAUUUGAUAUCCGACCUGAUACACACUAUCACCGGGGCACCUUAUUGUUUCUCCCGCCCCAGAAUUAUGGCCACUUUCCAUCUGAGGCCUACAACCAGAGAACGCCAUACUCAGUUUCUCAUGGUAGGAACUUUGCGUCUCUAAUGCAUUUGCCACAUGUAAGUGCUUCUUUUUCUGUUAUGGCUAAUCUAAACCCGAGAGAAUAUGACCAUUAGACAUCACCCACACCCUUAGCUAUGUUUCACGAUUUGACCUUAUUCGGUUUGGGCGUUGGAAAAUAUGAUAUGAACACAACAUUGCACAAGAAAAAUCAAUUAUAGAAUAGGGAAUACGUAGUAUACAAAAUAUGGAUUAUUUCAGUCCCCCCCCCUCCCUUUCCGGUUAUGCCAAAAUGAUGUGCCUUAGUUCUGAAUAUACCUCGUACUAUUCGGCCAAAUUUGAGGGGUCUUCGAGACGGGGUUUAUCCUUUUUUACUACGGUAAUAAAUUUUAUGAGGGAUC